AGCUUGCAGGAUCCUGUGAAUAAACUAACAGAAAAAGCAGAAAAGGAGGACCCGCAGAUUGAGGGCACCAAUUCAGUGCCAGAUCAACAGAGUCAGUUGAUUUCAUUAGAUGAGGAGAGCCAUACCAAGGAAUUGAACUAUCCAGGUGCCAUAGAUGACUUACUAGACCUGCAACCUGAAGAAAAUGCUUCAAAGCAACAGUUUGUGAGGUCCUUGGAGCCAGAACCUGGUGAUAAGGAUGACAUGCUAUUACUGAAUGAGAUCCUCAACGCUUCCUCCCUGGAUGAGGGGGAAUUCAGCAAAGAGUGGACAGCUGUUUUUGGACAGGUUGCUGAUCUUACCAUGAACUCUUCAACUAAAGAUGGGGAGAAUGCUUCAUCGUCUGUGGUACCAACGCCAUCAGGGUACUUGCCCUCACAGCUGCUAGACCAAAACAUGAAUGACUUGCAGUCGUCUUUACAUGGAUGGGCAGCAAACAGUGUGAGUCCCCCAUCGAUACCACAGCCAGCGCAGAAACCACACGGCCUGAAUGUGAACGACAGCAAGGCACCCGUGAAAGAAUCUACAAAGACUCCUAAAGACUUGACUGCUUGGUUCAGUCUCUUUGCUGACCUUGACCCGUUAUCCAAUCCUGAUGCUGUUGGGAAAACUGAUAAAGAACAUGAAUUGCUUAAUGCAUGAGUCAGCUGCCUCUGGUAACUCACAUUCUUCCCUUCAUCAACACUAUUUUGGGGUUUAAAAAAACUAAAUGAAAAUUAGUAUUCUGUUGUGAAACUAUAAAGUAUGUGCCAUGAUAAAACUAAAGGGAACAAAUCCCCUUUUCUAUAGGUACAGUUAUUUGCUCUUGUUUUGUAUAAAGAGUUUUCCUUUAUUUUCUACGUGGAUUUACAAAAAUGAGGUUAAGAAUUAGGGCAGAUUUCUUGCCAAAUUAGAUUAUCUGCUGAAACACUGUCUUUGCCUGGGGUGAUGCGGAGCUAACACUGGAGUGAAAUACAAAUACAAAUAUUUUUUUAUAAUGUUUCUUGAGUAAAUUUAAAAGAAAAUCAUGUAACUGAGGAGGCUGCAUGAGUCAGACAUCUAUCAUGUAUAGAAUAUAUAUAUUACUGCUAUGUUAAGAUGUCAACUAAUUUUGUUCUGCUAGUACUCACAGUGAAAAACCUGUGCUGGGGCUAAUUAUUGAAGAAAUAGAUUUGGGUCUGUGCAGCCAUGGAAAUUGUGCCCUUUCUGAUUUAACUUAUUAGACAAACUGUACUACAUAAACAGAAGUCAUGCCCAGGAGGCUUCUUUUCUGAGGUUUUUCUCCAUUGCACCAACAGAAUUUGCACCUGUUUGCAGAAGUUUCUUGGAACUGAUGCUUUACCAUGUCUUCAAACCAUUCAUCCUUCUGUUCUCAGAAUUUUUCAUCCAAUUUAUUUCUGAAGCAUGUGUUAUUUUGAGCUUGUUGUGACAUUAGCUCUUUAAUAAAAUGAUUUUGACAAAAA